AUGGACGUACCGCCAGGAUUUCCGAACGUCCCACUGGAUCAUGGCAACCGGAGUGGGCUGAUGGUAGCUAUUGACAUCGUUUGUAUUGCGCUUCCGACGCUGGCGACCGCCCUUCGAUUUUAUGCGCGACAGUUCAUCAUCCGCCAAGUCGGCGUUGAUGACUGGAUAGCCCUUGUCGCUCUAGCUUCGGUCAUAGUUCUCGCAGCUAUACAAAUCACGCACACUCAUUUUGGCCUCGGUCAUCACAUCUGGGAUGUCAUUACAGUACCCGGUCUCUUUGCGGACUUCAUGAAGUAUUUUGUUCUCGCGAAUGUUCUAUACAACGUUGGGUUGCUGUUUAUCAAACUGACGUUCUUCUUCCAAUACUGGAGGAUAAUGUUACAAGUCGACGUCUACCGCAAAGUUUACGCCGGCAUCAUGGCCUUGGUUGUUAUGUGGACAGUUGCCCAGAUAUUUGUGAUGAUAUUUAUCUGCGGCGGAGGACAGAACAUCAUGAACAAGAGCUGCGAUCCGAUAGCGCCCACUUAUGUCAACGCUAUCGGAAAUAUGGUGACGGAUGUGAUCAUAUUAUUACUUCCCAUGCCAAUGAUAUUUCGUUUAAAGUUGCGGCGAUCGCAGAAAUGGGGCCUUGCCGCCAUGUUUGGCCUCGGGUUCUUUACUUGCCUUAUUUCGAUCCUGCGUCUGGUCUACUUAAACGUGGUCUCGACCGACUUCACAUUCGAUGCAGUAACACUCAGUUCAUGGUCUAUGGCAGAGCUAGCCGUUGGACUAAUCUGCGCCUGUCUUCCAUCUCUUCGCGCUUUGCUCGUCCACUGGUUCCCCACCUUCAUGGGCACCGAGCUAUCGUCGAGAUACAACAGGCAAGGCUAUCAGAGGUCAUCGGACCCGAAACAAAAGAAGUCUGUGUCAGGACAUUCCCGGUCCAAUGCAACCGGCACAACCAGUCAGACCGACCUCUGCGUCGAUGAUGAUAUUGAGCUCGAAUCAGGCGUUCGAUCUGCAUCGGGACCAGACUUGGACAAGGAUCUGCCAGGAGCGCCACCCAAGGCACAUAUCGACAGCCAAUUGGAGCGAGCUCCUCAAGAGGUCGGAAGUCAUUAA